AUUCACUCGAUCUCUCACGCAGAAAAAGGAAAAAAAACAACUUUGUGUCUUGAGAAUUAUUCAUGCGUUGGACCUAGUCCCAAAAGCGUGCAUCGCUGGAUAGUAGGUCCCUUUGGGAUUCUGUCGUAUUUAUUAUGGAUUUGUGUUGCAAACCAUCAUUUCGGAGAUGCUGUGUGGUGAGUGACAGUCUAGUAUUUGUUGUAAUGUGCAGGUUGUAAUUGUCGUUUUGCUGUUCGCGAAACCAUCUGACGAAAUCUGACUUGGCAAGACCGACAGUGGCUGGAAAAAGGUGAUUUAAAGACGACAUUUUUGGUUCAUCUUCGAAGCAAAUCGUCAUGAAGUUAUUCCUAUGGCUGAUCUUAACCCAGUGGUCAUUCUGUGUAUCCGAGGGCAAUUUUCUUUCCGGUCUAUCAAUGGAAAUGGAUAGAGCUGCUCUGGAUGUGAUGGAGGCGAAUUUCCCACAUAGUCGAAACGUGCGAAGCAACCAUGAGCAGUAUCAAUUUGGGAAGAAUUUAAAGGAUCUUCAAAAAAUUCUCCUGGGCAAAAUUGAGGGGAUCCAGAAGAUAGAGAUGAGCAAUCCAACUGACUUGAGCGUUUUUUCAAUGGCUGAGAAUAAGGCAUCGAACAGAUACGAAGAUUAUUCCCAAAUGCGAAUUGCCGUUGCUGAGAACUUCCAUGACCAGCUCAACUAUAGUUCUUUUGUGAAAAUUUACUCAUACAAAACCGAUUCUUUCAAGCUAGAGGUAAAAUUGACGGAACAUGCCCCAUACAGGCUUGAGCAUUUUACGAUUUAUAACAGCGGUGGUGAAUUUAUGAACAGUUAUCUAGCUGUUGGAGGCUUUCUUCCGAACCAGAAAAUAGGAAGCCCAAACACCCAGCUCAGUAUAUAUGAACAGGGCAAUCAAUGGGUCAGAGUAUUUCAGAUGUCCAUGGCAGUCACUGCCCUCAGGUUUGUCUCGACUCAAAAUGUUGAUAUGCUGGUAGUUGCCGAAAAGAUUUCAGAGUUUUCAUGCUUUGUCACAUCUCUGAGGUAUGAUCCUUACAAAAAAAAAUUUGUCCUUCAUGACCGUUUUCCAGUGGCUAAAGUCACUGAUAUUGAAGUUGUCAAAUACGGAAAAGACUAUUACCUUCUUAUGGCUGUAUAUCAAGACUAUUUUGGCAAUCUCCAGGCUGACUCUCUAAUCUAUAAGUAUAAUUCAAUUGAUAGAAAAUUUAGGCCUUAUUCUAGUUUUCAUACGAUUGGUGUUUUGGAUUUGAACGUAUUUACAUAUGAAAGCAAUGUUUAUGUCAUUACUGCAUACGAAGCAAGUGGUCAUAAAGAUAAUAAGAAGUUUGGUAUUCCUUCUGCUAUCUACCGUGUGCAGGAACCAUUUAAACUGAAGCCUGUUACGACAAUUUCAACAGUUGCUGCUAGACAAACAACUACGGUUAUCUUUCCCUCUUGCACUUCAAAGAUAUUAAUAAUCGCCAUCGAUAAUAGUGAUAACAUUGAUCAAAUGAGCUUACACGUGUUUGAUGCUCGGGCUGAGAAGGUGACCAAUCAACCUCUAUCUUUUUACAAAAGUAGCAGUCACAAUGGCAAGCCAAACCCUUCUAAACUUGCCGCCUACUUCAUUGGUAAGAGACUUUUCGUGCUUCUUGCCACUGCUAAUAAACAAGUUGAUAACCUUCUGGAAAUCAAAUAUGAAAUAGAGGAUACUGGCAAUCCCCUUCAGAAACUAAUCGAAAGCACAAAACUAGAGUUAGAUAAGACCGAAAGCAGUUUACGGUCUAUGGAGAGCUUCAUUGUUAACGGGUACAAAACUUUAAAGGGUGCUGUAAUUGCCAAAAAUGAACAGUCGCUAAACGGUACUAAAGGUUUUAUUGGGAACGUCUUUAUUGCAAACCUGACGGCGAAUUCAGUUAUAAUUGAAAAUGGGAGCAUGCUUUAUGAGACGAAUUCAACCAGGAGUAAAGCUAACCUGAAGAAAUUUGAAAGUGAAAUAGAAGUAGAUGAUCUAAAAUCUGAAUUUGAUCAGCAGGAAAGCCAAAAGAAAGUUUCAAAACAGCGUAUGUCCGAAUCUUUGUUUCUUAAUGAAGAAUACAAAAUUAACGGAUCUUACAAAUUUCACACUGUUACCCUGAAUGGCGACUUUCAUUUCGGGACUGUAGUGGUUUCAAAGGUCAAUGACAUUGCUGUUGAUUUCCUGAUCGGUGAUACAGUGCUACGAAACGAGAGUGACGUCAUAGGCGGCCAAAAAACCUUUGAUGCUGAUUUGGUUGUAGGAAACGUAGAAGUAGCAGGGAAAAUAAAUAAAGUGGAUGUUUCUCAUGAUUUAGUAACUGUUCAUAAUGAUCAGCUCAUCAAAUCAUCAAAGAUUGAAUCAGAUGAUUGGGGUUUUAACGAUAGUUUAUAUCUCGGUGGCUCGCUAAAUUCUAUCAACAUUACCAAUGAGUUUGUUAGCGUAAGAAAACACGAAAAACUGACAGGAAAGAAGUCAUUUGCGAGUAAUCUCGAGGCUGGAGACGUAACAGUAGGUUUGCUAGACGAGGUUGCAGUGGACAAGUUUACAAAAGAUCUCUUGACUAAAAACAAUUCAAAAAAAGUUACUGGAAUAAAAACCUUUAAAAAAUCGCUACCGAUACUUGAAGAUGUGUUGGUUACAGGAUAUGUGAACAAGAUAAGUUUGAAACAGCUGAAAAGCAAAGUUUUUCGUCUAAACAAUUCAAUGUCCGAUAGGGGAAAAGCCUCCCUAGCAUUUGCGUUGCCUGUUGAAAUUCUAGGGAAUCUUACAGUCGAUGGAAAAAUAAAUUGGCUCGAAUUUUCACGUGAUUUGGUAUUGACUAGUGGGAAUCAAACAGUCGAAGGGAGAAAAACCUUCUCUAAUGGAUGCAGUGUUAAAGGGGAUGUAACUGUUAACGGACUUAUAGAUGGACUGCAAUCUGAAGAUCUCUUUCUUACGUCAUCGGAUCAGGCAGCCACUGGAAUGAAGAUUUUCGCAAACUCUUUAGUUCUAAGUGGCAAUGUCAUUUUAAGAAAAGGAAAUACAAUUGGAAGUGUUCGUUUAGCUGAACUCAGAGAAGCUGCUGCGUUAAUAUCACGUGAUCAAAAUCUCACAGGGUCUUACAAGCUUUCUGAGAUCAAUUUUGAUGAUGCAUUGGCGAUUGAUGAUGGCACAGUUCAUGGAAAACCUUUAUCUUUCUAUCAAACGUUGUUUCAAAAUGCUGUGUUACUUGAUUCUGAUCAAUCGAUCACAGCUGCAGAGAAUUUUGUCAAUCAUAUAACUGUAAAUGGAAAUCUAGAUGUAACAAAGAAGUUAAACAAGCUCUCUUUCCCGUCUGAUUAUCUUCAUAAAAUGAACGAUCAAAAUAUAUCUUCGAUUUUGAGAUUCAAUGGCAACCUGUGGCUCAAUAACGGAAUCGAGGCUCCUAAAGUGGGCAUGGCUCAGGUACGGAAUGUAAUAGUCACGAUGGACAAAGAUGGAACUAUUCUUGGAAAGAAAACGUUUCUUGAUGACAUGACUGUGGUUGGAGAUAUUGUAAGUGAAAAUGAUGCUAAGGUCACUGAGGUUUUUAACAGUCUUUUCUUGAAAAAUGGCGAUCAAAGCGUUCAGGGUUCAACGAAAACCUUUGAGAGUGCUGUUGUAUUUGGGGGCGUGAACGCAUUCGAGGACGUUUCAGUGGACACUACUGUUGAUGAUGUUGAUAUUUCAGAUCUCAACUCGAAAACAUCUAUCGAUAGUGAGUCAGUUAUUGUGGUCGAAGAAAAGAUUUUUGAUGGAACUGUAGAAGUGGGCAAAAUGAAUAUUAAAACUGUGAAUAACGUUAGCCUUGAAGAAUUGCUAAAAGAUAUAGUUACAUUGACUGGGAAUCAAAAAAUUCAAGAGUUUAAGUCAUUUGAUAGAAUGGCAAUCAGAGGAAAUCUUAUAACCAAUGCAACUAUUGAUGAUGUGGCGAUUGCAAACCUCAGUAGCAAUAUUGCCACUGUCAUGGAUGAUUUUGCUGUCGAUGGAGCUCUGAGCUUUAAUGAUAUAUCGUUAAAUGACCUAGAAGUGGAUGGGUUUAUCCAUGGAAAAGAUUUGUCUAAUAUGCGCAGAAAUAUCAUCUUAAGAUCCGAAGAUACGAAAGUAUACCAAGUCUUACUGUAUCAGGAAACCUGAAGGC